GGCCGAUUCCCGUCCCCCAGCACCAUGGCGUCCUGUACGGAGCCCACGGCCUCAGGCCCAGAACCCAGUGCCCCGUCCACCACCGGGAUCCCUCCACUCGAGGACUUUGAGAUGUUGGACGGGGCAGAGGGCGAGGACGACGAGGAUGAGGAUGAGGACGAGGAGCUGCCGCCCCUGCAGGACGUGGGGCGGCCCCCGCUGGAUGAGGCUGAGCAGCCCGGGGCUCUGGCCCGCGAGUUCCUGUCGGCCAUGGAGCCCGAGCCUGCACCCGCACCAGACCCGGAUGAGUGGCUGGACAUCCUGGGGAACGGGCUGCUGAGGAAGAAGACGCUAAUCCCGGGCCCGCCGGACUCCCAGCGCCCCACCAAGGGCCAGGUGGUGACGGUGCGGCUGCAGACGGCCCUGGAGAACGGGACCCGAGUGCAGGACGAGCCUGAGCUGCAGUUCACGCUGGGCGACUGCGACGUCAUCCAGGCCCUGGACCUCAGCGUGCCGCUCAUGGACGUGGGCGAGACGGCCAUGGUCACUGCUGACUCCAAGUACUGCUACGGCCCCCAGGGCAGCAGGAGCCCCUACAUCCCCCCGCAAGCGGCCCUGUGCCUGGAGGUGACCCUGAAGGCGGCGGUGGAUGGCCCCAACCUGGAGCUGCUCUCCGGGCAGGAGCGUGUGGCCCUGGCCGACCGGAAGCGCGAGUGCGGGAACGCCCACUACCAGCGGGCAGAUUUUGUGCUGGCCGCCAACUCCUACGACCUGGCCAUCAAGGCCAUCACCUCCAGCGCCAAAGUGGACAUGACCCUGGAGGAGGAGGAGCAGCUGCUGCAGCUGAAGGUGAAGUGUCUGAACAACCUGGCCGCCUCGCAGCUGAAGCUGGACCACUACCGCGCGGCGCUGCGCUCCUGCAGCCUCGUGCUGCAGCACCAGCCCGACAACAUCAAGGCACUCUUCCGCAAGGGCAAGGUCUUGGCCCAGCAGGGCGAGUACAGCGAGGCCAUCCCUAUCCUGCGGGCCGCCCUGAAGCUGGAACCUUCCAACAAGACGAUCCAUGCGGAGCUGUCCAAGCUGGUGAAGAAGCACGCUGCCCAGCGGAGCACCGAGACAGCGCUAUACCGGAAGAUGCUGGGCAACCCCAGCCGGCUGCCCACCAAGUGUCAGGGCAAGGGUGCCUGGUCCAUUCCAUGGAAGUGGCUGUUUGGUGCCACCGCCGUUGCCCUGGGGGGUGUGGCACUCUCUGUGGUCAUCGCUGCCAGGAACUGACUGCCCAGGUUGCCCGCUGCCCCUCUGCACAUUGUGGAUCCCAUCCCACGCUCCCCAGUGCCCCCCCGGCCCCCUGUCCACUGCCCUCUGUGACCUAGCCCCCUCCUUCAGGGCAGGGGCAGCCGGGUCUGUGGGUGGGUUGCCGCCUAGAGAGUAGGAGGGACUGAGGCCCCUAGGGGAGAGGCAGGCCAGGGACCCCGCCCAGCCCUGAGGGAAGGGGCCUCCCUCCUCCAGACUCAGUUCCCACCUGCUGGGUCAGGUCCCACUGGGGCCUGACUCAGUUUCUCCUUCCCCACCAGCCUAGGGGCAGCCCCCUCCCCCCAUACCGCUCAGUGCCAGCCCCUCGUUCCCCGCCUGCUGCCCUCUGCCCAGGCUCCUUCCCCACGGUGAAAUAAAGCCUCCCACC